AUGGCUCAUAGGGAUAGGAUAAGUAACUUGCCUGAGGAAUUGCUCCUGAAAAUAUUGUCGUCACUGCCCGCGAAAGAUGUAGCAGUCACAAUGGUUUUGUCAAAACGAUGGAAGUUUCUAUGGACGUUGGUGCCAAGACUUGAAUACGACCACUCCAUGUAUCAAGACGACGUUGAUGGCAGUAGUAGAUUCUCGCGGUUUGUUCACAGUUCUCUGCUGCUACACGAGGCUCCCUUUCUAGAGAGUUUGCGUCUCAAACUCGAUCAUUACUCUUGUGCUGCAGAUAUCGGAGUAUGGGUUAAAACCGCUGUGAAACGCUCUGUUCGUGAGUUGGAUAUCGAGAUUAAUAGUCCUUCCUUGUCCACUCCGGUCUUACUUCCAUGGAGCUUGUAUAGCGAGGGAUGUAAAAGGCUUGUGACACUGAAACUAAGUCACACGACUCUUGUGGAUACUUCUUCUUCCUCGCCAGCUUCUUUCACAUCCCUGAAAAAGCUGAGCCUUGUUCACAUGAAGUACCCUAGUCAGGAUUUGUUUUGA